GCUCUCAUUAUGUUCGUUAUUCGGCGAAAUUGGGAGUAAAUUACAAUCACAAGAGGUACAUACAUAUGUAUAUUCAAAAACAACGGAAAUUUUUGGUUUUUGCAAACAAGAUUUAUUCAUUUGUCUAUAUUAAUGUUGUCGCCUACAAAAUAGUCCCCAUUAGAUAUUAUCAACUUACUUCUUCCAAUCGUCGAAACACUUCUCAAAUCCGAAUUUUGGGAUGGCCUUUUGUCACAUUAUUUGUUUAACACACCUCGUUUGUGGUAUCUUAUAUAUAUAAUAUAGUACAUGGACUCACAUUGUUAACUGAGAUAACAGUUUCUUAUUAAUAUUAUCCACAUACAAGAAAAUAAAAGCAUUAUUCAGUAAAUACUAUUUCUGUGGUAAGAUCCUUUCGAUCUUCUAUUCUACUAACAAGAUAAUUUACGCAAAAGAGUAUGGCAUUUAGUUAUAAUUCUGUACCAAAUAAAUAGAAAAAGUCAAGCUAGGUUAAUGUUAAAAAUUUUUUUGUGUGAAAACAACUCUAAAGUUUAACCAAUUUCCGAACAUUUCCCAUUGUAAUCUUAUAGCCUACAAUCCACAUUCCACUACAACUGAAUGUCAUUUUCAAAAUUUUCAAGGAAUUUAUCUGAUGGUUUAAAAUAGGAUGAGUUUUAGAGAAGUUAAUUGGUUUAUUUAAAUCAAUUACGACAAUAAAUUUGGUGCAAAUGUCUAUUGGUUGGUGAAAUUUAAAAUUGUUUCUGAUAUGAAUAAUUUUGUCACUCGAAUGCCAUCUUGGCAAACGGUAACCUACACAAGCACACUAAAUCGAUCCAGAAAGGAGCCCCAGAAUAUGAAUAAAAAUUUGAAAAAGAAGCCAUUGCGUGAAAGCCAACUACAACAAAGGGGAAUCAAUUUAAGUCCCUCUUUGCAAAAUAAUCGGCGAUUAAGCAUACGAGACGAACAUUUAUUGAAAAUAUUUGCUAGCAAACCUGAUCAGCCAUUAGUGCCGUCAAACGAAGAUAGUGGAUUGAGCAGUAGUUCGCAUUGUUCUUUUGAUCAUUUCAAUGUUGACAUUAAUCAAUUAUUGCUUGUAGAAAAGCACAACUUGUGUAAGUACACGACACUGAAAAUAUAAGCAAUGAUUUUGUUUUCAAUAUUUUGAAAAUUAAGAUUUUGUCAAAUUUAUUUUUUACACAAAAAAAAAUCUCAAAAAGCUAUAAAACUAAAUUUCAUGUGUACUAAAUUAUUUAUAAUAAAUGGCGAAUUGAGCGACUAUGUGAGCAGUCCCGAUGAUAUGCUUCAACAAGAAAAGUUCCUAAUUUCCCAAUCGCCACCAGUAACAUUUAAUGAAGUAAUUUAUGAAGAUAUCGAAAACAAUCGCACAGGAAUUACAGCUGAUACUCCUAACUCCAAUAUUGAAUACAUAACCAACACGCAAAUAAACACAAAUACAUCCACUAAAGAACCUACUAAACAAACAACAUUAAGUAAAAAUCCUCAAAUGGCACGCAUACAACGCGAUCUUAACAGUCCUUCAGCAUCAUUACGAGUCCGCGCGAUCAGAGCAUUAAAGAAUCCCAUAAAUGGGGAUUACACAAAUUUUGAUAUCCCACAUGAGGAACAAAACAUUAUCAGUUUAGAAGAAUACCAGCCAUCUCCACCGCCAUCAAUAGAGGAGCUCAUGCACGACAUUGUAGUGUAUGUUGAAGUGCGUACUGGCGAAGAUAAUCGAUCAGAAGGAGUGAAAAAGGUUAUUUCACAACUAGGUGCACGCGUAAAUGACAAAUUACUAAGAGGUACAACACAUGUGAUAUUUAAAGACGGUUUGCUAUCCACGUACAAAAAAGCUAAAAACUGGAACAUACCGGUUGUUUCGAUUUUGUGGAUUGAAGCUUGCAAAAAAAAGCGGAUGAUAUGUGAUCCAAAUGAGUUUCCAAUAUCAAAUAUAGAUCGCUAUGAAAACCCCGAACUAUACGAAAAAAUGAAGCGCCACAAGUCCAUGCAGCCGGACUCAGAAUGCAAUAAACGCAUUCGACUGAGACAGGGUACACCUAAAGACUCUACACCUAAGGCUGUAACGGUUCCUAAAACACCUUCAGCUAUAAAUAAUACGCCCAAAUCUAGUAGAAAACAGAGUGAUAUAAGUCAAUACUUCAAAAAAUUAACCAACGCUAAUAGCACACCCAUGACUGAUAACAAUAGUUUGCCUGGGUCAACAAUAUCGAUAACGAAAUCUGAUUUUCCUGAGUCACCUGCUACGCAACUAUUAAAUAGAAUUGAGAGCAACUCAUUUACACCACUUCAACCUAGAAAAUUUCAAAGUGCAGCCAACUCAACAACUUUAGAAGUGGUUAUGUCUUUAAAGCCAUCUAACAGUGGUGAUGUAUCGGAGCAGACUAUAGUAUCAACUGAAUCAAGGAAAAACCUAGAAUUUAUUCCUUCUGAGUCGAGGUCGGCUAAAAAGAAAGUUGUUCCUUCGCCAUCUCCAAAGAAGCGUAUUCCUCAUCGACGUACCAGUGUUCAGAUGCCUUUAGCGCAAAGUACAAGUGCUUAUUCGCUACAGUUGACUGAGACUGAUACGUCCGGACGUGUUACGCGUCGGCGAAGCUCAAUACAUACCGCAGUUAACAUGAGCCUGAGUACAAUCGACCCAAAUACACCUGAUUCAAGAUCGAAUGUCAAUUAUACAACAUUUAGUCCAAUACACGAAGAGAAUCGAAAAGGUGCGACUAUGUCUAAUGUUAAUAAAGCAUCUAAUCAGCAAAUUCCACGUGGAGAUAAAACUCGCCUAAGAGGACGACGCACAAUAUUUUCUUAUAAAACCCCCGAAAUUUCACCACAAAAGAAAACGAAAACACCGAGUCGACGCACACUAUAUACACCAAAAACCAUAGAGGAAUCCAUUUCUGAACUGGCGAUAAUAAAAACAAAUGAAUCAUCAAAAGUACUAGACGAAAGCUUAUUACGAUUUGCUCUAACACCAACGACAAUAUUAGACAGCAAAGGGAGUUCACAAGAAAAUCUAAAUAAAAACGAUGGUUCAUUACUUGAAGAUCAUUCAUCUACUAUGGUGUUUAGUUCUACGCGCCUACCUAGCACCAAUCGAAGACGUACACUAUUCGACGUUUCUAUGGAUAUAAUACAACAACGCUUACACAAUAUAAAUAAUUCUGCAAAACGAUCAGUGGCAAAGGAGUUGACUUCUCAUGAUCAAAGUCCAAAUAUAGUUUCAUCUAAAACUAAUAUUGAUUCUGCGGUAGCAAAAAACCCAAGUAAGAUUGAUGGCGAAAGCUCUUCACAAGUUACUCCAACAGCACCUACCCCAGAAAGCAUAAUUUCAACGCCCAAGGCUGUUACAAAACGCAAAUUAUUUGUGCCAAAUGAUACUUCACUAAUUUUAUCUGCCAACCCUCCGGGAUCAGUUAAGAAGAGCCCAAAUGAAGCACGAGUAAAGCGUAGACGAACCAUUACAACGCAACCGAAAGAAAAACGAGUAAUGACAAAAUCCCGUAACAAUAUCACCGUAAAUACAAAGUCACGCUCAGAAGUUAUUAUCCCACCUUCGUCGAUAGGACAGGUGUCGAAUUUAACCAAAAGUGUUGCACAGUUAGUGCCUAUGUUAGGGAAUGAGUUAGCCGAUAGUGAAAAUGGCGAAACAUCGAAGAAGUCGUAUACAUCCCUACCUGCGACAGCAGUAAACGGCAAAAUAAAUGGAUCGAGUACUACAAUAAACGCUACCAACGCAGCAAAUGCACCAGUAUCACAAACAUUUUUGAAGAACGAGGCCCAUGUGAUGACGGCUGCCCCGCUACCAAAAUUAAAAGGAUCUUUUAUGAGCAUAAUUUCCAGUAAUACAUCUGACACCACAGUAAAGCAACAAUUGCAACAAGAUAUGGGAGUUGAUGAAAACAUCGCAAUAAAUACUCCGUCCCUUACCACGGUAUUAUCACAAGCUUCAACUACGCCGUCUAUAGCAACUGAAAACCCGAAAAUGCCAUCUACAUCGGGCUCAACUAUGCUCCUAACGAAUCAAACAGCACCAAAAGUCGUUAAAAAAUCACAAAUGAGUGAAAUCCCAGACAAAGCCAAGGAUGCAGUUGAAGUGGGGGCGUCCGGUUGUACGCUAAUAUCAAAAAAUACACUCGGUGGUAAUAAAAAAUGGCCAUAUAUUGUAUGCACGAACAUGCACCGGGAGCAGAUCAAAGUGAUGCGCGAGGCAAUUGCUGAACUUGGUGGUCUUCAACUGAAUCACUGCGUUAACGACGAUACUACACACUUGGUGAGUUACGAGCCGCGUAGGACGCUUAAUUUAUUAAGAGGACUAAUACGCGGUCUGUGGAUACUAGACUAUAAGUGGGUGCUGGACUCACUGAAAGCUGGAUGUUGGUUGAAUGAGGAAGAAUAUGAAUUAAGAGUGUUUUCACGCGCCAUUGAGAUAUGUCGUACGGAACGACAGGCUUUUGGCAAUACAUACAAAUGUGAACUAUUUGCGGAUUUAGGUACAUUUUAUAUAUCUUCGCGUUGCGGUCCAAUCUCAAAAGAAAAUCUAAAGGAGUUAAUUGAACUAUGCGGCGGAAAAGUGGUAGAUCAUCGCAAACGAGCCAAAUACAUACUCGGUGAUCCACACAAAACCCUGGAAGAUAAAGUCUAUGUAACUCCAUUUUGGGUAUUGGAUAGCAUAACACAUAUGCAAGUGAUGCGCCAACAAAAGUAUACCUAUGUUACCAACACAGUUGUAAAGCCUCAGCCACAAUUACUGCAAGUAAAUGUUGAGCCUGCUGUUUCUUCGCCACCUGUUGCAUCUGGCUCAGCAUUUAUAAAUAAUACAUAGUAUAUUGAUGUGACAAUUUAAUAUUUGCUCGUUUCGACGGAGAAUUUGUAACGGGUAGUGUUUUCCAUAUUGCAAUCAUAGCACAUAGUAUUUUAGUCAAUAAAAUAGGUAAAUAAAAUUUUUUAAACUAGAUUUUGAAUAAA